GAAUGUUCAUAAAUAAUUAUAUGAGAUUGGUAGAGGCACUGACUCUCGAACCGAACGACAGAAAUGCAUUAAUAGCACGGAGCAAGUGUCACCUCUUAUUGGGAGAACCGCAGAAAGCAUUGCAGGAUGCUGAAAACGCAUUGCGAUAUAAAAUGAAAAGUGCCAAUAUGGCGAAAGCGAUAUAUUGCAAAGCGGAGGCCUUGUAUCAUCUGGGUGACUAUGAGAUGAGUCUUGUCUAUUAUUAUCGUGGAAUGAGAAUUCGCCCAGAAUACGGACAAUUUCGUCUUGGAGUUCAGAAAUCGAAGGACGCGAUAAAAAACGUAUUGCACAAAGAUUCAACUGUUAUCGUGUGAAUAUUCAAACAAAUAAAAUAAUCUUUAACAAGCUGA